UACAGCAGAGAGUGUCUCCUUUCCCCAUCCUGAGUCUGAGUGACGGUCACAGCUGCUCUGGACCAAAAUACCCCAGAGGAACCGACCCAAAGAAGGGGACGACACCCACCACCACCCGUCAGACUCCCUCUGCCUCACCCCCUCUCCUUGGUCCCUCCAGGGAGGUGGUAGGAGCCUGCAGGGUGGUGGUGUAUUUUUAGCCCUGAGAGGUUGGCUGAGUCCUGGAUGUUUGAGAGUUUUUCUCCCUGCAGCUCGUCCAGUCACUCGUCCCUCCCUCAGACGCUCCGUCCUCUCUCUCUCUCUGUCCCUGUCUUUUGUUUGGUUGAGACAAUGACCGUGGGGAACAUGGAGAGCGCAGAGCUGUUCGACGCUGGGAAGAAAGGUCGAGGCCUGAGGGCCACCAAGGAGCUCAAAGCCGGGGACGUGGUGUUUGCUGAGCCCAGCUUUUCUGCCGUGGUCUUCGACAGUUUGUACACUCAGGUGUGUCACAGCUGUUUCCGGCGUCAGGCCAACCUCCACCGCUGUGCUCAGUGUAAGUUCGCUCACUACUGCGACCGCACCUGUCAGACGGCGUGCUGGGAUGAACAUAAGCAGGAAUGUGGAGCCAUCAGGAAGGUUGGAGCCCCCAGCGAGAGCGUCCGCCUGGCUGCUCGGGUGCUGUGGCGUAUACAUAAGGACACCAGCGUGGUCUCAGACACUCAGCUGGUCCCCGUGGAUCAGCUGGAGGACCAUGUCUCCGACCUGUCCGAGGAGGACCAGAAGCAGAUGAAGAAGGACGUGCAAAACUUCCAGGAGUACUGGUCCUACGGGAGGAAGAAGCACUCAGUAGAGGAAAUCUCUCACAUCUUUGGCAUUAUUAAGUGUAACGGAUUCACGCUGAGCGACCAGAGAGGCCUGCAGGCUGUCGGGGUCGGCCUUUUCCCAAAUCUGUGUCUGGUUAACCACGACUGCUGGCCGAACUGCACCGUCAUCCUCAACAACGGCAACCAGUCAGCUCUGAAUUCAGCUCUCCACUCUAAGAGGAGGAUCGAGCUGCGGGCAGUGGAGAAGAUCUCAGAAGGUCAAGAGCUGACGGUCAGCUACGUGGACUUCCUGAACCUGUCAGCUGACCGCCAGAAGAAGCUGAAGGAGCAUUUCUUCUUCGACUGUGGAUGUGAACACUGCAGCAAACACGUGAAGGAUGACCUGAUGAUGGCGGCCGCAGAGAGCAAGCCAGCAGCUGAUAAGGUGAAGGAGGUGACGGCCUUCAGUAAAGCGAGUCUGGAGAAGAUCGAGCGAGCUCGUGUGGACAUGGACUACCAACAGGUGCUAAAGUUGUGUCGUGAGUGUCUGGAGAAGCAGAAAGACGUCCUGGCCGACACCCACCUUUACAAGCUGCGUGUUCUCAGCGUGGCGAGCGAGGUUCUAUCAUACCAGCAGAAGUUCCCAGAGGCUGCCGGCUACGCCCACAACAUGGUGGAAGGAUACAAUAAGUUGUUCCACCCCAACAACGCUCAGCUGGGGAUGGUCACCAUGAGGGCGGGGGUCACCCACUGGCACGCUGGGCAGAUUGAGGAGGGUCAUGGUCUGAUCUGUAAGGCUUACAGGAUCCUGAUGGUCACACACGGACCCAAUCAUGCCAUCACCAAAGACCUGGAGGAGAUACGUGAGCAGACAGAGUUGGAGCUGAAGAUGUUUAAAGAGAAUAAGGAGGCAUACCUCAGCAUGAGAGACACUGCUCUGAAGACUCCUGCGGCUCAAGAGGUUAAAGGAGUCUGAUCCCCGCCGCCGCCACUCAGAUGCAUGCCUCGCUGUGCUCAUGUACAUAGAAAGAUCAGCACUGAGGCUCUGAACGGUUCUGAGAAUUCACUGCUCUGUUUACAUGGAACAAAACAUGCUGCAUGAACAGGAAAGCUGCAAUAAAAGAGACAUUCAA